AUGACUAAAAAAAAUAAUCAAAAUAAAAAAAAUCAACAACAAAAAAAAAAAAGAGAUCCAAAUGUUAUUUAUAAUGGCAGUGAAAAAAGUAUCAGUAAUACUCCAUCAACAGUAUCCAACACUGUAGCCAAUGAUAAUAAUAAAAAAAGAGAUGAUCUCAGCUAUGUGUUUGAAGGUUCAAAUUUUAGUAAUUACAUGCAAGAGAACUUAAAAAAUGAUUCAGAAGGCUUUAUUAAAAAAAUUUUAGAAGAGUGUGAAAACCAAGCUGAAGAUUUUGGUAUUGAUCCAGAGACAUUCACAAAAAUUUUUUUGCCAAAAAGUACCAAGGGGCCCCCUUGA